AUGCAUUACAUACUCAGUUGCUGCUUUUCCCCAUCCUCUGUGAAAUACGGGCAUGAGAAGAAGGUUCAGGAGCCCGGCAACUACUGCUUUCGCUUCUGCUCCUCACAGUCUGGGAGGCUGGGAGCGGCCAGGUUCAACUCAGUCCUGGAGGAGGCCAAACACGGCACCUUCGUGGGGCGAAUCGCCCAGGACUUGGGGCUGGAGCUGGUGGAGCUGGUGCCACGCCUGUUCCGGGUGGCGUCCAAAAGCCAUGGGGACCUUCUGGAGGUAAAUCUGCAGAACGGCAUUUUGUUUGUGAAUUCUCGCAUCGACCGCGAGGAGCUUUGCGGGCGGAACCUGGAGUGCAGCAUCCAUCUGGAGGUGAUCGUGGACAGGCCGCUGCAGGUUUUCCAUGUGGAGGUGGAGGUGAAGGACAUUAACGACAACCAGCCGGUUUUUCCAAUGGCAGUAAAAAAAUUGUUUAUUUCUGAAUCCCGGCCGCCUGGUUCUCGGAUUCCGCUAGAGGGAGCAUCAGAUGCAGAUAUUGGAGCGAAUUCUUUGUUGACCUACAGUCUUAACUCUAAUGAUUAUUUUACCUUGGAUAUUAAAAGAAAUGAUGAGGAUAUUAAAACUCUUGGACUCGUGUUGAAAAAACUUUUAAAUCGAGAGGACAUUCCUGAACAUCACCUAGUAAUAACGGCAGUUGAUGGUGGGAAACCAGAGCUCACUGGCACUACUCAACUGAAGAUCACCAUUCUAGAUGUAAACGACAACGCCCCAGAGUUUGAGAGAACUGUCUACAAAGUGAGUUUAUUCGAAAAUGCUCCAAACGGUACCCUAGCAGUGACUGUUAACGCCUCUGAUUUGGAUGAAGGAGUAAAUAAGGACAUUGUAUAUUCUUUCAAUACAGACAUGUCAUCAGAUGCUUUGUCGAAAUUCCACUUAGACCCAGUUAAUGGAUACAUCACUGUAAAGGGUAACAUAGAUUUCGAGGAAACUAAGUUAUAUGAAAUCCAGGUAGAAGCGACAGAUAAAGGAAAUCCCCCAAUGGCAGGUCACUGCACGGUUCUGGUGGAAAUUUUGGACACCAAUGAUAAUGUACCUGAGUUGGUUAUCAAAUCACUGUCAUUACCUGUAUUAGAAGACGCUCCCCUCAGCACGGUCAUCGCCUUGAUCAGCGUGUCCGACCGUGACUCCGGAGUCAACGGGCAGGUGACCUGCUCUCUGACGCCUCACAUCCCCUUCAAGCUGGUGUCCACCUUCAAGAAUUACUAUUCGCUGGUGCUGGACAGCGCCCUGGACCGCGAGAGCGUGUCGGACUAUGCUGUAGUGGUGACCGCACGGGACGGGGGCUCGCCUUCGCUGUCGGCCACGGCCAGCGUGUCCGUGGAAGUGGCCGACGUGAACGACAACGCGCCGGCAUUCGCGCAGGCCGAGUACACGGUGUUCGUGAAGGAGAACAACCCUCCCGGCUGCCACAUCUUCACGGUGUCCGCGCGGGACGCGGACGCGCAGGAGAACGCGCUGGUGUCCUACUCGCUGGUGGAGCGGCGGGUGGGCGAGCGUGCGCUGUCGAGCUACGUGUCGGUGCACGCGGAGAGCGGCAAGGUGUACGCGCUGCAGCCGCUGGACCACGAGGAGCUGGAGCUGCUGCAGUUCCAAGUGAGCGCGCGCGACGCGGGCGUGCCCCCGCUGGGCAGCAACGUGACGCUGCAGGUGUUCGUGCUGGACGAGAACGACAACGCGCCCGCGCUGCUGCCGCUGCCUGGGGCGGGCGGCGCGGGCGGCGCCGUGAGCGAGCUGGUGUGGCGGUCGGUGGGCGCGGGCCACGUGGUGGCGAAGGUGCGCGCGGUGGACGCGGACUCGGGCUACAACGCGUGGCUGUCGUACGAGCUGCAGCCGGCGGCGGGUGGCGCGCGCAGCCCGUUCCGCGUGGCGCUGUACACGGGCGAGAUCAGCACGACGCGCAGCCUGGACGAGGCGGACUCGCCGCGCCAGCGCCUGCUGGUGCUGGUGAGGGACCACGGCGAGCCGGCGCUGACGGCCACGGCCACCGUGCUGCUGUCGCUGGUGGAGAGCGGCCAGGCGCCCAAGGCCUCGUCGCGGGUGUUGGCGGGCGCCGCUGGCGCGGAGACGGCGCUGGUGGAUGUCAACGUGUACCUGAUCAUCGCCAUCUGCGCGGUGUCCAGCCUGCUGGUGCUCACGCUGCUGCUGUACGUGGCGCUGCGGUGCUCGGCGCCGCCCAGCGAGGGCGCGUGCGGGCCGGCGGGGAAGCCCACGCUGGUGUGUUCCAGCGCGGUGGGGAGCUGGUCGUACUCGCAGCAGAGGCGGCAGAGGGUGUGCUCUGGGGAGGGUCCGCCCAAGACCGACCUCAUGGCCUUCAGCCCCAGCCUUCCACCCGGUCCCAUUGGCGGAAAUAGAGAAGAACAGCUGGAUGUGGAUGUUGAUCUUUCUGCCAAAGUGAGUACAGAUUUUUAA